AGAAAUUUAAUGAUCAUUUUUCUAAAGUUUUCUAGGAGCCUGUUUGUUGUGUAGGGCACAAUCUCGUUAUUAACCGUUAAAUAGUCAGGAAAGAUGAAAUUGUGCUGGAAAUAAAUCUACUGCAAAUGUAUAAUCCCAGUUCCUUUAUGUCUAAUGCUAAGAGAGGGACAAUUCACUCUUGCAAAUAGAGUACGAGGUUUUCCCUUAAACAAAAGGAUUUCUUGGGAUUUUCAGAUAAAACAAUAGGAUUUUUAAAAAAGGUGUAUGAGAUUUUCUUUGAGUGAUUUGCCCCUUGAUGCUAAGGAUAGUAGAAACAGAAAUUGAUGGCGUCAUCUCCUUGCAAAAGUUAUGAAAAUUUCUGGAAAAAAGCUUGACACGUAAGCAGCUCGAAGCUGCAGCACAAAAUCAAGUGAAUACAAUAACAGACAUAAAGGACUAAACAACAUGCGGUUAAAAUUUUUUCUUUUAUUUUGAUUUAGCUCACUGAAAAAUUGUGUUAAUAUCAGCUGAUUUUCUUAAAUGCAAAUCUUGCAAUGUGGGUUUUUAUUGUAAUUGCACGUGCAAAACAAUUUUUGUGGUCUUCCAACGAUAACAGUAGCUAGCACCUUAAUAUUAAUAAGAUAGAGAUUACAUAAGCCUCGAUUUUAUCACCUGUAAAGUAUUACGACUAUAGCGGCUUGGAAAGACCCUUCGGGAGUGCCUUUAAGUGCCUUUGGAGGGCCACUUGAAGAGGAAGUGCAAUCACCCUCACAAGGACCAUUUAGAAAGGCCGCGGUAAAAUUAGAAGCAGAAGAAGGAAAGUUAUCCUACAGAAAGACUGGGAGAAACACUAUCAACGGGAAGAUUCUCAUUCAGCUACUGCCAUGUAUGAAGAUUUUGCAGAUAAACGUACACAUCAAAAAAGCAUAUGACUUUAAUGAUACUUUGGUUAAACGGAAAAUAUGGCUGAGGCAUCACAUCACUCGCAAUUCCCAAGCAAAAUUAAAGUAUCGAUCUAUACUUUGCCUCAAGGCUCACCCCCUGCUGUCCGAGUUGAAGUUACAACAGGAAAAAUAAUUUCUAGUCGUUUGUUGAAAGUGUUUUUUGAUACCAUUGGAUUACAGGAACGAAGUAGACCUUUCUUUGGGCUUUUUAAAGGUCUUGAUCCACCAAUAAGAAAAAUAGGCGACGAUGAAACAAUUUAUGUUCCGUGCCGGUACGUUAUAUCAGUGCGAAAAUGGUCCUUUGAUCCUGUACGCGAAGCAAAAGCCAUUAGAACUGAUGUCCCUAGUCUACGAUUAUUAGCCUUGGAGAUAAAUUCAGAUAUUGUAGCAGGGCGCCUCCAGCCAACUUCCGAGGAAAAAGAGAAAUUAGAAGAGAUGUUAGAUCCUGGCUUUCCUAGCUACAAACAGUAUGUCGAGUAUUCCAGAGGUAUUAAAGGUUAUGGUGAUGUAGUAACAAAAGAUGUCGUGCUGAUCAAAAGCAUCAAUUUAAAAACACAAGUGAUCAAAAAGGGCAGUAAAAUUGACAUAGCUUGUAGUGACAAGAAAAUGGUCAUAAUUACAGAUAAGAAAGAGCUGCAUAUUCCGUGGAGAAAAGUACGACAGUGGACACAGAUAGGUGGCCAAAAUAGCAUUGGAUUUGAAAUCUACUUAAUGGAAGAAAGAGCCUUUACUUGGAUUGAGAUGCAAACCAGUCAAGCUUCUUAUCUGCUUCAAGUGACCAGUGAGUUGGUGGCAAGGCUGAAUGAACGACUGACGCAGUCGGAAUUCAAAAAGCCAAAAUGGGCGCAAAAUUCUCCAUCAAGGAAACGACUUUCUUGGAAACUUUUCAAGAAGGAGGUAUUUGGCAUAGGAGACAGCCCUGAGCUAGAGCCUCAUUUUGACAAUCUUGAAGAUGAGGCUUCCUCCAGCGAGGAAGAAGAGAAGGAUUUAAAGUUUGUAAAUCGAGCACAAUGCAAAAGCAAAUCUAGCACUGCAUAUCUGGUGAAGGAAGAUAAAUAGCAAAAGGGCACAAAAGGGCGCAAAAGACCCAUUAUCUGUAUUCAAGACAAUAUUAAACACUGAUAAUAACGACGAAAAUAUCGAUUAUCAUAAAAUAGUUAUUAUGAGCAAAAAUAAAUAAAUUUUUGAAAAUUGCCUUAAAGAUCGUGUGCUCUUAUUGAUACAAAGGCAAACAAUAUUUAAAGAGACAAAGGCUUAAGAACCAAAGGUUUCCGUUACGGUCAGUUAUCUGGAAAAAAUAAGAAAGGAAGGGCCAUGUCUCCAUCUAUGCAAACUGUGAGCAAGUGAGCAUUUGCAUCUUGGCUGACUUUUGAAUCUUAGCCAGCAAGCCUUUGCUGCAGUAAUUUUAUGCUAUUGAUAUUUGACUUGAACGUCGGCAAGAACUUUUCCAAAAUUAUUGUUACCUAGACUCUGGUAUGCCUGCUGCCUGUCCCUUACGCUGGUUCUCGCUAUUCCUACGAUAAAACCACUGAGUUGACGUAACAAAAUUAUGCUAAUCCAAAACUUCUUAUCAAUUUCUCUUUACAGAUGAUCAUCUUGGCAGCCUUGUUUUCAUUCAGUCAUUUACUAUCGGUUGUCUUGCUCGUAUGUCUUGACGGAAAAAAUUGCUCAACUGCAAAAUACGCCAGUUACGAUCUUUGCAACCCGUAAUAUAAUUUUUGUUUGG